AUGAUGGAGCCGGCGCCCGACGUCAAGGCCGCGGCCGCGGCCAUGAACGACCGCUCGCAUGGCCUUCACUUUGAUGUCACGGUCGGCGACGACGACCUCGAGGAUGGCACCAUGUCCCCGAAAGCCAAAGACACGCUGCUUCACGGCAACGGCAAGGACGGCCGCCCGGCGCUCGGCCUCUGUGGCUGCUUCACGCUUGGCUUCUACCAACCCUACUUUAACGUCGACACGAUCGACAUUCAAGUGCGCUUGACGCGUGCGCUGAUCCCGUUCAAGAAGGACCCGUCCUUCAAGGACCUCGCGCUCGCCAACCCGGACGCGUACGGCCCGUUCUGGCUCUCGGCGACGUUGAUCUUUUGCAUGGCGAGCUGCUCCAACAUUGCGUCGUGGCUCGAUUACGAGGGCGACGACCCGAGCAAGUGGUCGUACGACUUUAGCUAUGUGGCAACGUCGAUGACGAUGGUGGGUAUCUACCUCCUCGGCCUCCCGCUGGCGCUCUGGUCGGUCGGCAAGUACAUCUCGGUGCCCCUCCCGCUCUCGUUCCUCGUCUGCCUCUACGGCUACUCGCUCAGCAUCUUCAUCCCGACCAUGUUUGUGUGCACAGCGCCCUCGGACGCUGCCGACUGGGUCAUGAUGCUCUUUGCGAUGGCAUGGUCGCUCCUCUUCCUCCUCACCAACAUGUGGGGCUACAUUGUCGAGUACUUGCCCAAGGAGAAGCUCCUCCCACUGCUUUCCUUCAUCGGGACGACGCAUUUGGUCUGGGUCGUCUUGCUCAAGCUUCUCUUCUUUUAA